GCGUAAACCAGGGCAACGAGAUGGACGUUCUGAAAUCGGAGAUCCUCCGGAAGCGGCAGCUGGUGGAGGACAGGAACCUGUUGGUGGAAAAUAGAAAGUAUUUCAAGCGUAGUGAACUUGCAAAAAAAGAAGAGGAAGCAUAUUUUGAAAGAUGUGGCUAUAAGCCUAUAAAUGAGAAGCCAUCUGGAGAGAUACAGCCAAAGGAGGAGGACCAGAAACCAUUAACUUCUUCAAAUCCAGUGCUAGAACUUGAACUGGCAGAGGAAAAGUUACCCAUGACUCUUUCUAGGCAGGAGGUUAUCAGAAGAUUGAGAGAAAGAGGAGAACCAAUCAGACUAUUCGGAGAAACCGAUUAUGAUGCUUUUCAACGUUUAAGAAAAAUAGAGAUCCUCACACCAGAAGUUAACAAGGGAUUGAGGAAUGAUCUGAAAGCUGCUUUGGAUAAGAUCGACCAGCAGUACCUCAAUGAGCUUGUGGGUGGUCAGGAACCUGGAGAGGAAGAUACACAGAAUGAUUUGAAAGUUCAUGAAGAAAACACCACAAUUGAAGAGUUAGAGGCAUUGGGAGAGUCUUUAGGAAAAGGCGAUGAUCAUAAGGACAUGGACAUCAUUACCAAGUUCCUUAAGUUUCUUCUUGGUGUUUGGGCUAAAGAAUUGAAUGCCCGAGAAGAUUAUGUGAAGCGCAGCGUGCAGGGCAAACUGAACAGUGCUACUCAAAAACAAACCGAAUCCUAUCUCAGACCCCUUUUCAGAAAGCUACGGAAAAGGAAUCUUCCUGCUGAUAUUAAAGAAUCCAUAACAGAUAUUAUUAAAUUCAUGUUGCAGAGAGAAUAUGUAAAGGCUAAUGAUGCUUAUCUUCAGAUGGCCAUUGGAAAUGCCCCUUGGCCCAUAGGUGUCACCAUGGUUGGUAUCCAUGCCAGAACUGGCAGAGAAAAGAUUUUUUCUAAGCAUGUUGCACAUGUUUUAAAUGAUGAAACACAGCGGAAAUACAUUCAGGGAUUGAAGAGGUUAAUGACCAUUUGCCAGAAGCACUUUCCUACAGAUCCAUCAAAAUGUGUGGAGUACAAUGCACUGUGAAGUCUGUGAAUGGUGUCAAAGUAACGGGAAACUUGAGUGGACGUGGCAUAGACUUCUGGAAUUACCAGCAAGAGUGAGGGAAGAAGAGCAACGAACGCGGUUUCCUGUGUUUGAGUUCUACCUAAUACUACUCUCACAGUGUUAAGAAACGGUGUUGGCUCUGUCACAUCUGCUACAAACUGAUUUUUGUGUCAUUUACUUUAAAUAGUCAA